CGGAAAGCAGUUAGCGGCAACUCUAGCGAUGAGGAAACAAGAGGCAUAAAUGACUGAUAGAGUGAUAGGGUGUUCGGAAUACUGCAGUUGCGAGGGCAGCAUUGAUGCAACAUGACGCGCCUGGUGGAUCUCGUGCUGGUGCUGAUGAUGGUGAGCAGCAUUCUGGCACAACGGCCCCUGUGUGCUGUGGAUUGUUCCCGCUAUGGUUCAGCUAUGGGUAACCUGGGAGAUGAUCCUUUUGACUGUCACAAUUACUAUGUUUGCACCUCAAACACUACAUAUGUUGGUGACUCAGUGAGUUGCCCCAGUGGUGAAGCAUUUGACACAAACAGCAAAAAAUGCAUGGACCCAUCAUUCCAAGGGUUCAGCUGCACUCCACCUUGUGAACGAUGUACUUUUGACUGUGUUCAGAGUGUCAUGAGCAAAGCAGCUCUAAGAAUGUAUGGGCUUGAAUAUUAUGAGUGUGAUAAGCAUGGUAACAUUGUAGCUACAAUCAAAUGUGAUCCAGAAACUUAUUUUGAUGGGCAGGGAUGCCAGGCAGACAUUCAUAAAACCUGCUCAUGUAGGGCACCACACUGCAGUCAUGAUGAUGUACGUAACAGCAGACUAAAGCCAGACUACUUUAACUGUACUAACUUUUAUCACUGCAAUUUUGAAGGGCUACCUGAUGAAACCUGCCUUGACAGGUGCCCCUCAGGGGAAAUUUUCUCACGGGUUGAUCAUAAGUGUGAUCCCAAGGCCAAAUGUUCGGCUCCUUGUGCAGGGUACGAGUGGCACUAACCUUAGCAGUCUGCUGCUGCUGCUGCCUCAAGAAUUUUAUCAGUAUAUCAGAUUUAGACAGUUAGUUUUUAAGUCAUAGUUUUUUCUAAAGAGUCCUUGUUACUUUAGUGAGGCAAAAGUUAUGGACCAUAACAGACAUGUUUAGUAAAUUAUUUUAUUUACUGAAACGAGUAACCAUAUUACUAACACACUUCACUAUUGCUAAUGAAAAAAUAUUAUAACUUGUGUGCUAAUUGAAUAACCCUUUGGGUAUGUUUCUUUUCAAAAGCCAGUAUGUUACACCCUAUAUGAUUGACACCCACUCAAGAGAUUGCACCAGACAGAUCAACUCUCUCUCUCUCUCUCUCUCUCACACACACACACACACACACACACACACACACACACACACACACACACACACACACACACACACACACACACACACACACACACACAC